AAAUUUCGAGGCUUUCUGACCCCGACUCCCCUUCAACGACGACAACGACCGACCCAUCCCCCUCCACCCCUCCCUCGUCCCUCUCUUCGAUUCCCCGUUCGAGGUUCAACAAGUCGCAAAAAUGGGUGGUGUCACCGUUCGCGAUGUCGACGCGCAGAAGUUCAUCGCUGCUUACUCUGCUUUCCUGAAGCGUCAGGGAAAGCUCCCCAUUCCUGGAUGGGUUGACACUGUCAAGACCUCCGCCUCCAACGAGCUCCCUCCCCAGGAUGCCGACUGGUACUACGUCCGCGCCGCCGCCGUCGCUCGCCACAUCUACAUGCGCAAGACCGUCGGUGUUGGCCGUCUCCGCAAGGUCCACGGUUCCACCAAGAACCGCGGCUCCCGCCCCGCCCACCACGUCGAUGCCUCCGGCUCCGUCGACCGUAAGGUCAUGCAGUCCCUCGAGAAGAUCGGUGUCCUCGAGCACGAUGAGGAGAAGGGUGGCCGUCGCAUCACCCAGAGCGGCCAGCGUGAUCUUGACCGUAUCGCCAAGACCACCGUUGACGAGGAGGAGGACGAGGAGUAAAUUAGUCUCUCCGGAUGCUCGAGCUAAAAUAAUGAAAAAGUCCUGAUGUUACUCUUUUUCUCCGAACCCCUUACCUUCUAUCUCUCUACCUACACCUGGCAAACUCCCUAUUGAAGCUGAGCUAGGCUUUAGCUUCUUUGCUGUGUUUUUUCUUAUAAAAACUCCCCGUUUGUCUUCUGACACCAAAUCCCGCGCGGGUUUGGAUGGGGCCACCCAGGGGGGGUGUGCUGGGUUAGAUGGGGAAAUGGAAUAUUGGGACGAAUGAGUGGCUACGACAGGGAGAGGAUGACUUGACUACUACUACUACCUUUUCUCUUUUUUUUUUUUAUCGAUCAAUUGGUUGUUCCUGCGGGCAUAAAGGACAAUUCAUACAUGGUGUAGAAUUUUGCCUAGAUUUCCUCUCCCGAUAGAUGUAUA